AGCAGUACAUCACUAGUGUUUAAGCCAACAUGGUGGUUGCGGCGCGACUUGUCAACUUUGGAAAGACCAAAAUUAAAUAAUUAAACACUGUGGCAUAACAAAACAUCUAAAAUGUCGUCCACGGAGCCUUCCCAAAAUAAAACAUGGGAGCUAUCCCUUUACGAGCUUCACCGUACCCCACAAGAGGUGAUAACGGACGCCACUGAGAUCGCGGUGUCCCCCCGCAGUUUGCACAGUGAAUUGAUGUGCCCUAUAUGUUUAGAUAUGCUCAAGAAGACUAUGACUACUAAAGAAUGCCUUCACAGAUUCUGCAACGACUGUAUUAUAACAGCCCUCCGUUCUGGUAACAAGGAAUGUCCUACAUGUCGAAAGAAACUAGUGUCGAAACGUUCGCUGCGACCUGAUCCUAACUUUGACUUGUUGAUAUCAAAUUAUCCUAGCAGAGAUGAGUAUGAAGCUCACCAAGAGCGUUUACUGACUAAGCUGAGUAUGUCACACUCUCAAGCAUCUCUAGUAAAUUCUAUUACUGAGGGGAUUAAAUUGCAGUCACAGAACAGGCCGCAGCGAUCUAGGAAGAAUCACGAGGAUAAUAGUAACACUUCUAAUUCGAAUGGGAAUGCGGAGACUACUCAGAACGGUGGUAGUACUUCAGCUCCGAAGGAGGGGACAACGACUGCAAGUAACCCUACACCGUCGGGGCAGUCGACGUCAAACCCUGCGUCGGUGAGGAGCACGCCGUCGCCAGUGCCAUCAAACAUCAGCUCGGUGAAAAAACACAAGCACACUAAGCGAGCCAAGUCUAUACUGACAUCAGAGAGAAGUGAGGAGAGUGAGUCUAGUGAUGGCAGAACUGAGGGAGAGAACUCAAUGGACACAGAGGGAGAAGGAGAGCCACUCAACCCUAACGAGAUAGAGCUGGUGUUCAAGCCGCACCCCACAGAGAUGACUGGAGACAACCAGCUGAUGAGGGCCCUCCGAGACAGCUCCGUUAGGUACUUGAAGACUACUGCCAAUGCCUCAGUGGACCACCUGAGCAAAUACCUAGCAAUGCGUCUUACACUAGACUUGGAUGCCGAGUUGCCAGAAGCUUACCGUUUGCUGAACUUCUGUAUCUACGUCGCUCCGGCGCCGGGUCAGUUUGUUCCGCUGGCUGGCUCGCAGACUCUGAGACAGAUCAAUGAUAAAUUUUGGAAGGUGAACAAACCCCUAGAGAUGUACUACUCAUGGAAGAAAACAUAAGAAUAAAUGUAAUUUUAGUUAUGUCCAUAACUGAAGUGGAAGUGCAGUGAUAACAUAUUUAUAAGUAAUUUUAAACACAUUAUUUUACUGAGACAUAGACUCUUGAUAAUGGUGAUAAGAUAUCAAUGGAAUUUAUCUCAAAAAUAUAAAAUUUUAUUAUAAGUUAUGAUUUAGUUUUAAGCAGUCUGUUUAUUUUAUGUAUUCAAUGAAUUAUAUCAUUAUUUUAAUGUACAAUUUAGAUAAUUCCGAAUCAAAUGAAUGAUUUUAAAUGUUUAGAACUUUCUGAUGAAAAAUUGUAAAUAUAAUGCAUUACAGUACUAAUUGAGUACUUUCAACUGUAGUUGAGAAUAUUUUUUUUAUAAACAAGUCAGCUAACUAUGCCACAUCAAUUAGGUGUCAAUACAGCUGUUAGCCUGGUCAUGGCAUUCAUUAGUGCUUUUGAAUUGAAUGCAGAUUUUAUAAUGUAAUGUACAAUUGUGCAAUUUUAUUAAAACGGAUGAAAUACAUUUUCGGUUUUAUUUCAUGGUUAAAUAUUGUAUCUAAUUCAUUAAAAGCGAUAUUUACUAUAA